UGAGCUUUUCACUGGAGAUACUCCCAGGGCAAGCUGGAAGGGGAUUAAAAAGCCCCACGUGGUUGCUCUGGGCUUAGACUUGCAACCUCGACUUCCCCAUGGAUGUUCUCUGCAAAGAUUGGCUUUUAGAUGGAGGCGUGUGUGGGACCCUAGGUGGCCGGGACUCCCGCCCGGGGCAGAGCUCAAGGGUGGGCUGGCUCUGAAUGGCCGGUAGGGUCCGCGCACCGCCCCGUUCUCUGUGGUGGUGGCCGGGUGGCUUUGGGGGGGGGGGGGGACGGGAGCGCUCUCGAUUCAGCCGCGGCCCCCCUCUGCUUUCACUGCCUUCCCCGCAGGUCUUUAUUCAUCUCAUCUCCCUCUUCCCCUUCUCCUCCUCCUUUGCCUCCUUCUCUUCCUCUUCCUUCUCCUGCAUCUCCCUGGCUUGGCUCUGUGUUGCUCUGAGUGACAAAGACAAUGUCCCAGCCUUAACUUUGCAGCCUCCUUCUGGGGUUCAGCGGGAGGGGGGGCCAGCGACCGUAGCCCCAUCAUCUAGUUUAUUCUGCUCUUCUCCAGCUCUGGGAUAAUUCUCACCCCCCCCCCCAUUCCCCCUUCCCCAAGCCCUUUCCUCAUUUCUUUCUUUCUUUUUUUUUUUUUCUUCCUCGCUCCUGCGCGUUGUUGUGAUUAGAAAGGCUUCGCGCACCCCCUGGUGCCCCGGCGUUUUGUGUGGCAGAAGAAGAUUGUCUUCCUUCUCUCUUUCUGUCUUGCUUUUCUCUCUCUCCCUCUGGUUGCUCAUUAUUCAGAGAGAGACACAGAGGGAGGGAGAGAGUGAGGGAGCGCGAGGGAGAGGGAGGAGAGGAGAGAGGAGAGAGGGAGGGAGGGAGCGUGAGGGAGAGGGGUAGAGAGAGAGAGAGAGAGAGAGAGAGAGGGAGAGAGACGGAUAUCUCAGGUCAUCUGCAACGGCAGCGAGUCUGAGGAGCCGAGGAAGGCAGGGAAGAUGGCGAUCCUUCUUUGCUGAGACCCGGCAGGAGCACAUGAGACUCCCAGACAACUUCCACCACGAUAACCAGAGCAGGAAGAGGAGAAAGAGAAAGAGGAUAAGGAGGCGGUGGGGCUGCAGAACCCCAAACACCUCCCGGCCCGGGACGUUGCUUCUGUUCCUCAUGUGAGAGAGUAAGUCCAGAUCAUGGAGGUGCUUCAGUGUGAUGGCUGUGACUUCAGAGCCCCCUCUUACGAAGACCUCAAGGCUCACAUUCAGGACGUGCACACGGCCUUUCUGCAGCCAACGGAUGUCGCCGAAGACAAUAUUAAUGAGCCGCGAUUGGGGUCUAUGAACGCCAGUAAUCAGACGGAGGUGGAGUUUUCUUCCAUAAAGGAUGAAUUUGCUAUUGCAGAAGAUUUAUCAGGUCAAAAUGCAACCGCAUUGGGAACUGGGAGUUACUAUGGACACAGUUCAGGAUAUUACAGUCAGCAUAUUGCCCCUAAUCCCAAACCAACCAGCAAGUUUUUCCAGUGCAAGUUCUGUGUACGCUACUUCAGGUCAAAAAACCUCCUCAUCGAACACACCAGGAAGGUCCAUGGAGCUCAAGCUGAAGCGACUUCUGCAGAACCCCCGGUUCCAGGAUCCUUGAACUAUAAUAUAAUGAUGCACGAGGGGUUUGGAAAGGUCUUCUCUUGCCAGUUUUGCACAUACAAGUCACCAAGGAGGGCAAGAAUCAUUAAGCAUCAGAAGAUGUACCACAAAAAUAACUUGAAGGAGGCCUCUGCUGCCCCACCUGCCCCUCCUCCCAUGCCAGACCCCCUGGCUCCACCUGUGUCCUUGCAAGACCCCUGCAAAGAACUGCCGGCAGAAGUGGUAGAGCGCAGCAUAUUAGAAUCCAUGGUCAAGCCUUUGACCAAGUCUCGCGGCAACUUCUGCUGUGAGUGGUGCAGCUAUCAGACUCCCCGCCGAGAACGCUGGUGUGACCACAUGAUGAAGAAACACCGUAGCAUGGUCAAGAUCCUCUCCAGCCUCAGACAAGAAGGAACUACUAAUCUACCUGAUGUGCAGACCAAGACCGACCCCAGCCCUCCUUCUAACUCCAGCUACCUGUCCGUGAAUGCUGCAACCCGCGAGAUGCCCAACGCCAACGUCUCCAGCUUCAGGGGCUCCGUGAGUAACUCCAUCGUGAGACCCAAUUCCUCAGCUUCCAAGUUUUCGCAGAUGUCUUACCCUCAGAUGAAGCCCAAGUCGCUUCAUAAUUCUGGCCUGGUUAAUUUGGCCGAGAGGUCCCGCUACGGCAUGGCUGACAUGACCGCUUCUCCUGCUGACCUGGAGACUAACAGCCUGCUGAAUGACUCUAGUUCUGAUGAAGAAUUAAACGAGAUAGACAGUGAGAACGGCUUGAAUGUCAUGGAUCACCAGAUGGCAGUCCUGGCCGCAGAGCAGCUGAUGGGCUCCGAUGGCAACAAAUUACUAGAGACCAAGGGGAUUCCAUUUAGAAGGUUCAUGAAUAGAUUCCAGUGCCCCUUCUGCCCUUUCCUCACCAUGCAUCGACGCAGCAUCUCCCGUCACAUAGAGAACAUUCACUUGUCCGGAAAGACAGCCGUCUACAAAUGCGACGAGUGUCCCUUUACCUGCAAGAGCUCCCUGAAACUUGGAGCCCACAAACAGUGUCACACGGGUACCGCGUCAGACUGGGAGGCUGUGAAUCCCCAGAGUGAAGGCAUUUCUUCCUCCCUGGGCGAAGGGCUUGUGUCUUACGACAGUUCAAGCAUCAACGGUAGGAAGUCAGCAGUCAUGCUGGAUCCCCUGCCACAGCAGCCGCCGCCGCCACCGCCACUCCCGCCGCCUCCGCCGCCGCCACCCCCGCCUCUGUCUCAGCCGCCAACGCCUCAGCUCCAGCCGUCUCAUCAGGCGGCACCGCAGCCCCAGCCACCCGUCCCAGCCCCACCUCUGCAUCCGUACAAAUGCACCAUGUGUAACUACUCCACCACGACUCUGAAAGGGCUAAGAGUCCAUCAGCAGCACAAACACUCGUUCUGCGACAACCUGCCAAAAUUCGAGGGGCAGCCCUCAAGCCUCCCAUUGGAAAAUGACACGGACGGCCACCCCUCUUCCAGCAACACUGUGAAGAAAAGUCAGACCUCAAUUCUUGGGUUGUCCUCCAAGAAUAAUUUUGUGGCGAAGGCCUCUCGGAAGCUCGCGAAUGACUUUCCUCUUGACUUGUCGCCCGUGAAGAAGAGGACGAGGAUCGAUGAGAUAGCCAGUAACCUGCAGAGCAAAAUCAACCAAACCAAACAGCAGGAAGAUGCGGUCAUCAAUGUCGAGGAUGACGAGGAGGAAGAGGAAGACAACGAAGUGGAGAUAGAGGUUGAGUUGGACAGGGAAGAGGAGCCCGCAGAGCCAGUCCUGGGGGUGUCCGCUUCUUUUGCUGCCCAGCAGAUUUGGGCAAGAGAUGCCGGUGAACCCCCAAAGGAGCCCAGCUUCAGAAACAUCCCCCACGACUACACCACCACCAACGGGGCUGAGAUCGAGCUCACCCUUUCCGAAGAUGAAGAGGAUUACUACGGCUCCUCGACCAACAUGAAAGAUCACCAAGUUCCCAGCGCUGCUCUCCUGAGCGCUCAGACUCCUAUCUAUGGAACUGAGCACAGUACUGAAAACACAGACUUUAGUGACUCUGGAAGGCUUUACUAUUGCAAACACUGUGACUUUAACAACAAAUCUGCCCGGAGUGUCAGCACCCACUACCAGCGCAUGCACCCCUACAUCAAAUUCAGCUUUCGGUACAUCCUGGACCCCAACGAUCACAGCGCAGUGUACAGAUGCUUGGAGUGCUACAUCGACUACAGCAACUUCGAAGAUUUGCAGCAGCAUUAUGGCGAACACCACCCGGAAGCCAUGAAUGUACUCAACUUUGACCAUUCGGAUCUGAUCUACCGGUGUCGGUUUUGUUCCUACACCAGCCCGAAUGUUAGAAGCCUGAUGCCCCAUUACCAAAGAAUGCAUCCCACGGUCAAGAUUAACAACGCCAUGAUAUUUUCCAGCUAUAUGGUAGAGCAACAGGAAGGGCUGAAUGCGGAAUCCCAGACGCUGAGGGAGAUUCUCAAUUCUGCUCCCAAGAACAUGGCGACGUCCACUCCCGUGGCUUGUGGUGGCGGUCUGCCGGCCGCCUUCAGUAAGAACAUGCCUUCAAAGACUCUGACUCCAGAAUGUGAAAACCAGAAAGACCCCACGGUGAAUACCGUUGUUGUUUACGAUUGUGACGUGUGCUCGUUCGCAAGCCCCAACAUGCAUUCUGUCUUGGUUCAUUAUCAGAAGAAACACCCCGAAGAAAAGGCUUCCUACUUUAGGAUCCAGAAAACCAUGCGAAUGGUGUCUGUGGACAGGGGCGAUGGUCUUUCUCAAUUAUCAUUUGAGGUGGGUGCUCCAAUGUCUCCCAAAAUGUCCAACAUGGGUUCCCCACCCCCCCCACAACCCCCGCCACCAGACCUCAGCACUGAGCUUUACUACUGCAAACACUGCUCCUACAGCAAUCGGUCAGUUGUGGGAGUGCUUGUCCACUACCAGAAAAGACACCCAGAAAUAAAGGUUACUGCCAAAUAUAUCAGACAGGCUCCUCCCACAGCUGCCGUGAUGAGAGGUGCCGAGGGGCCGCAGGGCUCCCCCCGGCCACCUGCCCCCAUGCAGCAGCUGAAUCGAAGCAGCUCUGAGAGAGACGGCCUCCCUGUGGAGAAUGAGAUGUUCUUUUGUCAGCACUGUGAUUAUGGGAACCGGACGGUCAAAGGUGUGCUCAUUCAUUAUCAGAAGAAACACCGCGACUUUAAGGCCAACGCGGACGUGAUCCGCCAGCACACGGCCACCAUCCGAAGCCUCUGUGACCGUAACCAGAAAAAGCUGGCCAGUUGCAUGCUCGUCCCCUCCUCUAGUGCGGAGCGGGACAAAGCCACGCUGCGUGCUCUCAAGUGCAGGCAGUGUUCCUAUACCUCCCCCUAUUUCUAUGCACUGAGAAAACAUAUCAAGAAAGACCACCCUGCCCUGAAGGCCACGGUCACGUCCAUCAUGCGGUGGGCGUUUCUAGACGGCUUGAUAGAAGCCGGCUACCACUGUGAGUGGUGCAUCUAUUCCCACGUGGAGCCCAGUGGUCUGCUCCUGCAUUACCAAAGGAGGCAUCCAGAGCAUUAUGUCGAUUACACCUACAUGGCCACCAAACUCUGGGCUGGGCCAGACCCUUCCCCUCCCUCCCUCAUGAUGCCCGCUGAAGCCAAAACCUACAGAUGCAGAGACUGCGUUUUUGAAGCGGUCUCCAUUUGGGACAUCAGCAAUCAUUACCAGGCCUUCCACCCCUGGGCCAUGAAUGGCGAUGAGUCAGUGCUGUUGGACAUCAUCAAGGAGAAGGAUAUCCUGGAGAAUCCCCUCCCGUCGGCCGAGGAGCUGGUGGGCCCCCCCAUGAACUGUGAGAACAGCUUGCCCGUCCCCCUCCCCGAGCCGGAAGCCGAAUGCCCAGAGGAUGCCCGGCUGUCCCCAGAGAAAGGCCUCCAGCUCGCCUCCAGCAACCCCGCCAUCUCCUCCACCCCCUACAAGUGUACGGUCUGCCAGUCCGAGUACAACAACUUGCACGGCCUUCUCACCCACUACGGCAAGAAGCACCCUGGCAUGAAAGUGAAGGCCGCCGACUUUGCCCAGGACGUCGACAUCAACCCGGGCGCCGUCUACAAGUGCCGGCACUGCCCCUACAUCAACACGCGCAUCCACGGGGUGCUGACCCACUACCAGAAGCGACACCCGUCCGUCAAGGUGACCGCCGAGGACUUCGUGCACGACGUGGAACAGUCCGCCGACCUCGUCCAGAACGACGCAGAGGAGACGAGCAGGGUCUUCAAGCAAGGCUACGGCGCCUACCGCUGCAAGCUGUGCCCCUACACCCACGGCACCCUGGAGAAACUCAAAAUCCACUACGAGAAGUACCACAACCAGCCGGAGUUCGACGUGUUUUCGCAGUCGCCCCCGAAGCUGCCCGUGUCCCUCGAGCCCGAGAUGACCACCGAAGCAAGCCCCUCCCAGGUCUCCAUGACCGAGGAGGAGGUGGGCGAGGAGCCCGUGUCCACGUCGCACUUCUCUACCUCGCACCUGGUGUCCCACACGGUGUUCCGCUGCCAGCUCUGCAAGUACUUCUGCUCGACGAGGAAGGGCAUCGCCAGGCACUACCGCAUCAAGCACAACAACGUCCGGGCCCAGCCCGAGGGCAAGAACAACCUCUUCAAGUGCGCCCUGUGCUCCUACACCAACCCCAUCCGCAAGGGCCUGGCGGCCCACUACCAGAAGCGCCACGACAUCGACGCCUACUACACCCACUGCCUGGCGGCCUCCAGGACCAUCAGCGACAAGCCCAACAAGGUGAUCAUCCCGUCGCCGCCCAAAGACAACUCUCCCCAGCUGAGCGAGGAGCUCCGGCGGGCCGUGGAGAAGAAGAAGUGCUCCCUGUGUUCCUUCCAGUCGUUCAGUAAGAAGGGCAUCGUGUCUCACUACAUGAAGCGCCACCCCGGGGUGUUCCCCAAGAAGCAGCAUGCCAGCAAGCUAGGGGGGUACUUCACGGCCAUCUAUGCGGACGAACACGAGAAGCCUCCCAUCCUGAUGGAAGAGGAGGAGAGGGGCGACUUCGAGAAGGCCGAGGUGGAGGGCGAGGCCCCGGAGAUCGAGUGGCUUCCUUUCCGCUGCAUCAAGUGCUUCAAGCUCUCCUUCAGCACGGCCCAGCUGCUCUGCAUGCAUUACACGGACCACCACAGCCGGGACCUCAAGAGGGACUUUGUCAUCCUGGGCCCCGGUCCCCGCCCGCAGAACUCCGCCUUCCAGUGUAAGCACUGUGACAGCAAGGUGCAGGGCACGGCCGAGCUGACCUCCCACCUGAACAUUCACAAUGACGACUUCCAGAAGCGCGCCAAACGUCAGGAGAGGAGGAAACAGCUUUUGAGCAAGCAGAAAUAUGCAGAUGGUGCUUUUGCAGAUUUCAAACAAGAGAGGCCUUUUGGCCACUUAGAAGAGGUGCCAAAGAUCAAGGAGAGGAAGGUGGUGGGCUACAAGUGUAAAUUCUGUGUGGAAGUGCACCCAACGCUCCGAGCCAUCUGCAAUCACCUGCGGAAACACGUCCAGUACGGCAACGUCCCUGCUGUGUCUGCUGCUGUGAAGGGGCUGCGUUCUCAUGAGAGGAGUCAUCUGGCCCUGGCCAUGUUUGCCCGUGAGGACAAGUACAGCUGCCAGUACUGCUCUUUUGUUUCUGCUUUCAGACACAACUUGGAUCGUCAUAUGCAGACUCACCAUGGACACCACAAACCUUUCCGAUGCAAGCUCUGCUCCUUCAAGUCCUCUUAUAACAGCCGGCUGAAAACACACAUACUCAAAGCUCAUACUGGUGAACAUGCCUACAAGUGUUCUCGGUGCUCCUUUUCCACCAUGACAAUCAGCCAGUUGAAGGAACACUCCCUCAAGGUCCACGGGAAAGCCCUGACCCUCCCCAGGCCACGGAUUGUCAGCCUUCUCUCUUCGCAUGCUCACCACUCCCCCCAGAAAUCCACUCCGACUGAAGAAGUGGAAGACUCCAAUGACUCCUCCUACUCAGAGCCUCCGGAUGUUCAGCAGCAGUUGAACCACUAUCAGUCCGCCGCCCUGGCAAGGAACAACAGCCAGCUUAGCCCCGUGCCUCUCUCUGGAGCCUCCGGGGGCACAGAGCAGAAAACCGAAGCUGUUCUGCACUGCGAAUUCUGUGAAUUCUCCUCUGGCUACAUCCAGAGUAUCAGACGCCACUACAGGGACAAGCAUGGUGGGAAGAAGCUCUUCAAGUGCAAAGACUGCUCCUUUUACACAGGUUUUAAAUCUGCUUUUACUAUGCACGUGGAAGCGGGACAUUCCGCAGUGCCCGAGGAGGGUCCCAAAGAUCUCCGCUGUCCCCUCUGCCUCUAUCACACCAAAUACAAACGCAACAUGAUCGACCACAUCGUGCUACACCGAGAAGAGCGAGUUGUCCCCAUUGAAGUGUGCCGUUCCAAACUGUCAAAAUACUUGCAGGGAGUAGUCUUCCGCUGUGAUAAGUGUACCUUCACCUGCUCCAGUGACGAGAGCCUUCAGCAACACAUAGAAAAGCACAAUGAACUCAAACCGUACAAGUGCCAGCUCUGCUACUAUGAGACCAAGCACACGGAGGAACUGGACAGCCACCUUCGAGAUGAGCAUAAGGUAAGCCGCAACUUUGAGCUGGUUGGACGGGUUAACUUGGAUCAGUUGGAACAGAUGAAGGAAAAGAUGGAGAGCUACAGCAGUGAUGAUGAGGACAAGGAAGAAGAAAUGAACAGCAAGGCUGAUGAAAGAGAUCUGAUGGGAUUUCCUGAGUGUGGGCCUCCUGUGAACAUGGAGAAGCGUUUCCCAUGUGAAUUUUGCGGGCGGGCAUUCUCACAGGGCUCUGAGUGGGAACGGCACGUGCUGAGACAUGGCGUGGCGUUGAAUGACACCAAGCAGCUGAGCAGAGAAGAAAUACACUUCAGAGAAAGCAUAGAGGACAGUCUGAAGAUGCCCUCUAUAGAGGAAAAGGAAGAUGACGAGGCAAUUGGAAUAGACUUUUCCCUAAAGAGUGAAACAGUAGCAAUCUGUGUAGUCGCUGCUGACGAAUCUCUCCUGGAGAACGUAGAGGCCAAAAAAGAAUAAGCGUCGGGUGAAAUUCUGAAUCAAACCUUACUUGAACCACGAUGAAUAAAUGGGAGGCCAGCUUGUGCUGAGAACGGGGGGUGGGCAGGAAAGAGAAAAACCGAAAAAGCUGCUUCAUAGGACUGAACAUUCUAUUUUCAAAGCACUGGUACCUGUGUGAGUGAGUAUGUAAAUUAAAGUUAUUUAAAUGGCUGGACUAUGGUGGCUCUAUUUCCAUCACUACCAUCUUUUCUUCCGGAUCUUCAUGGCGGAAGCUUUGUUUAUUGCGGAACGUGGAAGCACCUCCCACACACAGGGGUCUGCUCUGUGGUGGUCUUGGACUGGAUGUGGAAACGGGAGCUCUGUGACCGGAGAAGACUUCUCUUAGGGGAACAACUUUUUGACGCACAACUUCGGGUGCGUUUUUCUAGUUUUAAUACCUUAAGCUUUUUCAAGACCUAACUGCAGCCGCUUUGGGAAAAAACAAAAAAAAAACAAAAAACAAAAACAACUGCUUUGCAUAAGACAGUCACCUGUUUCCUAGUACCUCAAACUUAACCAAGGGAAUUCUCUGCAUUUGUCAGUACUACCUGUCUUCGUCAUUGUGGUUAAAUGUAGAGAGAACUGCUGGGCAAGAUGGUGAAUGGAGAAAAAGAAAAAAAAAAGAGUUUUAAAGAAAGGAACACAAAUUGUGCUUAAAAUCCCCACGUGGGCUUUAUUUCUUAAAAUACUGUGAUUUUUUUAAUUAUUUUAGUAAAAAACAAAACAAAAAAAAAGAAACAGACUUUAAUUAUUAGAUAACUGUUUGUGAAUUGUCAUUCCUUACUCCAGGUAAGCUGUUUAUCAGUGUUCAGCUUUCAUUUUAGAAUUCGGUAGAUUUGUGUGAGCUAAUAAUUUCAAGGUGACUGUGGAGUUUUGUUUGCCACACAUUGAUUUUCUAUCAGUUUGAGUGUUACAGACACAGCACAAUUCAGUUUUUUCAUAUUAAUUGUGUGUGAGUGUGUGUGUGUGUGUGUGUGUGUGUGUGUGUGUUUAUUGUUGUUGUUGUCUUAAUUUGGGGGCUGGGAAGAUUUAGUUUUUUGGAUAGGAAUGUUUUUAUUUUAAACAUGGAAAUAACAAAGAGGUUAACUGUUUUUUCUUUUCUUUCUUUCUUUUUUUUUUUUACUUAACUAAAGAACCAAACUUUUUGACACAGCUACGCAGCUUGUGGACCAGAUGAGGAAGUCCUCUUCAUCCUUUUGUUACUUGUCAAAUUGACACAUUAUUUGUCUCACACAAACAAUUUCUGUUAGGAUGGACUGGCACACGCAAGUGUGUGUUGUGUGUGUGUGUAUCAAGUCUGUCUUUUGUUUUUGUUUGCAUUGUGUUGGGGGGGGCAUGUUAACUCAUUUAUCUGGAGGGACAAAAGGGUGUGUUAAAGUCCCAUCCCUUCGGUGAGAGUGGACAUGAAAUACAUUCUACAAGGAGCCUAGAGAAUUUUUUUUAACCUAACUCCCAGCUGCUGUUUCCCCAUAUUAGUUUGUCCAGGAGAAAACAGCUCAGACAAAAUUAAGCCUACAUUUAUAAUAUGUUCUCAUCGUGAACAUAAGGUUUCGUUCCAAAAAGUAAGGGGGAAAAACAAAAAUACAAACAAACAAACAAAACACCUUUCCUUGAAGCCUAGGUUCUAGAAGGUUCAAUGCGUGGAAGUACGUGUGUGAGUGUGUAUGUGUGGGUCCUUUGGUUUUCUUUUUUUUUUUUUUAACUUGGAGGGUUUGGGGGAGGGGGGGAGCGAGGGAGAGGGAGUUGAUGAGAUGAGGGUGUCCCACACAGCUCCAGAUUAAAUCCACUCGAAGAUACUGCAUUUGUGGAAUAAGUGCUUACUUGAAAAGCAUGUUCUUUUAUUUUCAUGCUGUUAAUUUUUUUUUUGUAGAUGUUUGUUUUAAUUUAAUUUUUCCUUUAGGAAUGGAGUCCAUCACAUGGAAACCAGGAAAUGGGGAGUGUGUGAACUGUCUAAACAGUGACUCAACUUUUGCGUCCAUAUUUAUUUUCAAUUGGCCUCAUUUCAAAUGUAUUAAACAGUUCCAUACCUGGAUUGGGUGUUCAUAAUGGUUACCAAAAAAAAAACAAAAGAAAAGAAAAAAAAAAGGAAAAAAAAGAAAAUAAUUGUGACAUGCUUUUAUCACUACUUUAUUUUUCAAAUAACAUGUAAAUAUUGUAAUCCAUUGGAUUUUGUUUUGCUAACCUGUUAAUAAAAACAUGGGACCAUUAUCCUUUUAACAAAGCUAGAAUGUCAUUUCUUUUUUCAAACAUACCUGAUAUUUUGUGACCGCACAUUUUUGGAUGCAUUAUUAUAAUUUUGUUGACUGUAAUGACAUAGAAUUUACAACUUUUUGUUGUUGUUGUUUAAUUUAUACAGAGGACUUUUUUUUUCAGAGCUUGAAAGAAGAAAAUAAAUAGCAAAAUGAUAACCUAUUGACUCCAAUAAUCAGUUUCUCCCAAUACUUGAUAAGAUGGGGAGAAUCUGAGUUCUUGAAGCCAACGGUAAAAAAAAAAAAAAAAAAAAACACAAAACAAAAAUCACACUAGUAGGUUAUUCAAGUUGUUUGCAACAUACAUUUUGUAAUGAAAUGUGAGAAAUUAAUAAAGAAUUUUUUCACGUG